CCAGCAUCCACAGCCACGGAGUGCGGAACGAGACGAAGUGGAGAAAGCGCACGCAGGAACCGCUUCACCGCCUCAUCUCACCCGAUCCGCGCUUCCGAUUUGCGGCGUGGAAAGUUGCAGGACCGCGUCUCAGAUAUCCAUGUGUUUGUAGGUGACGUUUCAACCAAAUUCGACGGAUUUUUAAACUGAUGUUCAAAAACUAAGAAAAGAGGAAGAAAGAUAUCCACGAAUGUUAGAGGAACUCUUGGCAAAGCGCAAAUUGACUCACCGGGAUUGCUUUUUUGUUUUUUCUCUUUCUUGUCAUUUUGCUGCUUCGGUGGUGCGUGAAAAUUUUGCAGCAUUAAUUUAACCUGGAAUCAAAUGCUAACAUCGGAUGGAGUGUUUGCUAGAGGAGUAACGGUUGAAUCACACAGAAGACACAGUGUUUUCCUAAAUGGAUAUCUGCUCAGAGAGGAUAAUUUGUGUGCAAAGUAGCACUACAUCCUGCUGAAAAGGAGUUACCCGUUCAGGUCCCCCCCUCCUGAAUAAACCAUGGGGCCCCAGCAGUGCAUGGGACUCACCAUGCUCUUCCUGUGGACAGUGAUUGAUUGCAAGGUUAUUCUGGAUGGCCUGCAGAGGUAUGGCCCCACGCCAAUGUAUCUACCGGUCAGCUACCAGAUCCUCAAUGCUGAGUCAGCAUUCUUCUUACUGGAGGCAAACCAGGACAUAAUGAGGAACUCCAGCCUCCAAGCUCGAACAGAGUCCUUCUUUAUCCAUCAAGCUCGGCAGAUGCCCUUUGUCAAUGCUAGCUACGGGCCGCUCUCUGUCCAGCAGCCUGUUCCUCUGGAGAUGCUACAAAUACUGCCAGGGCCAUUUAAUGCACCAUCCCUCACUUUAUCAACAGCGCCAACCUCGCCAACCUCUUCGCCUCUGUUUACGUUCAACUGGAAGGUCCACACAUACAUCAUCAGUGAGCAGAUUCAUCCCAGUUGGCCAAAGGUUCAGGUGUUGUUCUACAUUGCAGGCAGGGACUGGGAUGAUUACAGCACCGUCCACAAGUUACCUUGCGUCCGGAUGUUUGCUUUUCAUGAGACCCAAGAGGUGCGAGGUACUUGUAGACUAAAAGGUGAGCUAGGGAUUUGUGUAGCUGAGCUGGAACCUCUGGCCAGCUGGUUCAGCCCGCCAACUGUGAGGCCCGGCAGGCAGCGGGUCUCAGAGCAGGCUCAGGGCACUCCUGUGGAGCUCUACUACAUAAUUCAAACCACGGACAGCGGAGACUGCAGCUCAGAGGACUCCAGAAAGGGCAGCCCAGUUCACACAGAACAGCAGAGGCCUUUGGGCUACUUUGCAGGGCAUACACCUAUGCAGCGCAUUGGGAGCAUCAGACUGUUGCAGCCAUUAUCUGAGCUGAAGUUGGACAAUAACUUUGUGGUGAUGGCCCCCUCUAAACCCAUAAGACAGAGGGAGACAGUCUCAACUUUUCUGGCCCUAUCCACACUUUCAUCAGUGCAAAUUUUCACCCUCAGAGUCAAAAUGAAGGAUGGAGUGGUGUUCCUGGGAGCUCGAGCCAGUAACCCAGUUAUGUGGACAGUCAGUCAGGAUGUCAGAAGUGAGGGUCAUAGGGUUGUUACACUACACUGUCAUAGGAAGGAGAACAGCUUCAAUCAAAGAGUUGAAGCAGUGGGCUACCAGCGGGUUCUGCAGGUAGAUCUGGAGGUGAACGGCUUGAUGGUGACUCAGGGGAGCAGGGAGGUGACAUGGCAGGUGGAAUAUCCACUCACCCGCACAGUGACCAGUGAGGUGCAGACCCUCAUCCGUCUAGCACCGCAGGACCUAGGCGGGAUUGUGCCACUGGCCAUGGACACUGAGAUCCUGAACACGGCUGUCCUCAAUGGGCGCACAGUUGCUGUUCCUGUUAAGGUGGUCACUGUAGGGACAGAUGGUGCUGUGUCAGAUGUUACGGAGUCAGUGGAGUGCAAAUCAACAGACGAACAGGUUAUCAAGGUAUCCGAGCGCUGCGAUUAUGUGUUUGUCAAUGGAAAAGAGACGAGAGGAAAGAGAAGGGUGACACUCAACUUCACCUACAGUUUUUUGAGCGCACAGCUGGAGAUGAGUGUAUGGAUCCCCCGCCUACCGUUGCUCAUAGAUGUAUCUGACCCCGAACUCAGUCAGAUAAAGGGCUGGAGAGUCCCUGUUAGUGCUGGCAGCAGGAGAUACGAGAGAGUCACCGAUGACAACGAUGGUGUCUAUGGACAAGAAGAAAGGACAGAGAAUGCUUGUGUAGCCCAGUACCAGAGCACCUCUCUGCAUGUCCUCACACAGUUUGUUACAGAUGCAGGGGAAUUUAGAGGAGCCAUGGAAGAGGGCAGACCGGGUCAGCAAAACUUCUUACUGGGUACAGACUGGCAUGUGGAUGUCACGCAACUUGUCCAGGAGUCUCUAAGGGUGCAGGACCCGAUGAUUGCCGAGCUCCUGGAGAGUCAAGUGCUAAUUGGACUGAGUUCUGGAACCACCAAACUGCAGGUUUUGUCCCCUCUGACGUCAUCAGUCCUGGCUGAGAGGAGCAUCAGGGUGGUGGAUGAUAAAGUGAGUGUGACAGAGCUUGGGGUGCAGUUGGUUUCUGGACUCUCUUUGUCCCUGCAACUGAGCCCUGGAAGCAACAGAGCGAUUGUUGCUACUGCAAGCACACAGGAAGUCAUAGAAUCACUGACACAGGAAUCCCUCAUCAGUGCCUGGCUUCAGUUCAGUGAUGGAUCUAUGACUCCUCUGGACAACUACAACCCUGCCCAUUUUAUCCUGGCAGCCACAUCUCUGGAUGAACAGGUGGUAGUUGUGCAGCAGAGUGCAAAGUGGAAGUGGCCUCUCAUUGCUGCCAAGGGUGAAGGCCAAGGUUUGCUUGUGCGUGUUGAGAUGAGUCCAUCAGAAGUGUGCCAGAAGUCCAAACGACGCUCUGCUUUAGCCACAGGAAUGGUGAAUGUACAGGUAAGGUUUGGUCAGUCAGAGGAGCAGUACAGGCAGCCAGGAGACAAAAGGACACGUCCGGAUCCUCCGUAUUAUGGUGGAUCUAUCUCUGACAUGGACACUGGGUUAAUAAACCGUGCAGCCACGACCAUUAGAGGCCAAGUUCCAGUGAGACCCAAUGGGGGUCGCUUAUCAUCAGACAGUGGGAACAGAAACUUAAAUGAUUUUUCUGAAUACCCAGAGCUGCCUCGGAGUCGCAGUACCGAUGAUGACUUAUUGCCAUCUCGACGUGGCCUGACAGAUCUGGAAAUUGGCAUGUAUGCACUGCUGGGAGUCUUCUGCUUGGCCAUCCUUGUUUUUCUCAUCAAUUGCAUCUCUUAUACAUAUAAGUACCGAAGUAAACACCUAUCUCUAGAGGCCACAGAGACUAUGCCCCAUGCCCAUGACUGGGUUUGGCUUGGCCAAGAGGAGGGGCUUUGUCUGCAGCAACAGCAGCAUGAAGAAUUGACUGGUACCUUGGAGGAAGGUAGUCAGCUUUUAAAUGGAGGUAUCCAGCGCAGUAUCACGGAUGGUGGCGGAGGUAGCUCAGGUGGAAGAGAUCUGAGGAAUGAAUCACUCAACUCACCAACCACCAAAAGGAAGAGAGUGAAGUUCUCCACUUUCUCUAAUGUAAAGUCUAGCAAUGGAUGUCCAGUGCUUAGCCCAUUGCCACUGGUGCAGACCAGUGAUAUAAAAUGGGUUUGUCCAGACAUUGAGCUUGGGGACUCAAAGGAUCUUAGGAACUACAUGGAAAAGCUUAAUGAGAAUGCAAUUAAGAACACAGCAUAAGAGGUUCUGGGUGUUUCCGUUGAACUGAAAGAGAAACUCACCUGAAUGCCUUGAUCAUAAGGAGGGAGAGAAUGGAAAGAUAUAUAUGAAAGAGUGAAAAACCAAUCUAAUGGUUGUAGUUUAACUGAAGACCUCACCUUGAAAACUGAGUAGAUGAUUCUGUUACUUUUGAUUCUAUAACAGUUCUCAGACAUGGUCAAGCAACAAUUUCCAAGACUUGAAUUUCCACAAAACAGCAUAGCUAAAAGGUUCAAAAGUGAAAAUUGUAUUGUUGCUUAAAUGUAUGUUUUUGUCUUCUACCAAGCUCAAUAUCUCUCUUUUGAUUUUACUUCUUGUUUUUCUUUAAAUCAUGUUUUACUGUUCUAAAUGUGGUAAUAUUAUUUCAAAGUAUAUUUUCCUCUUAUUUUCUAAAGUUACUGUUGAUCCUUUGCUAUGAGUUGGCAAUUAUAGAGCCUAUGGAUCAACAAUCUAAAGCAUUUUGUACUGUAUAUAAAUGCAGAGUUUGAUUUAGAGUUACUAUAUAUAUGGUAACAUUUUGUAAAGUGCUGUUUGAUUUGGUUUUAGUUUUGUUUAGUCUCCAAAAGUCAGAUCCAUGCAUGAUGUUAUUUACGAGGAACCAUGUGUGUCUGAUCUGAAAUUAUGUAGAUAACUAAUAUUGUUACACUUGGAGACAAUUUAGUACUGUAUUAUUAAAUUCCCUUAUCAUGGUUAAGUUCUGGACUUGUAUGUUUAUAUUAAUUUAAUUAUCUUUCUUGGUCCUCACAUUUUCUGUUUGUGUUUUUCUUGGUGAUCACACUCUCUGGAUAUACAAAAGUGCUUUACUGCUGAAUUUGAGUGUCAUCUCAUUACAAUUUGAGAAGUUCUGCAGAGGAAAAACUGAUUCCUACCAAAACCACAAGAAGACAAUCGUGUGCAACGCACCACAAAUUUAUGGACGCUUCUGGUAAAAAUGUGUUAAAAGCUUUAAGCCAAAGCUUUGGAGAUGUUUUUACCUUAUGUUACCAAUUUCCUCUUUGAGUAUGGUGGCAAGAAAAACUUGGGUCCUUGUUUAUCUUAAUUGCCCUUGUUUUGAAACUAUUUUGCUCAAAUUGUGGAUAUAGGCAAGUUUAAAGUAGCAAUGUAAUUAAACCUAUUUCCUGAC